CCUCUUUACGUGAAUCAGCUGGUUUGAGCGUCCCUAGAAGCCGGAGGGGAUCUUGGCGGUUAAAGCGAGGGCGCGCGGCUCCAGUGAUUCUGUUCUACAUGGACCUCAGCCACUGAGCUUGUGUUUUGCUGUUGUCUUAAUGGUUUUCAAAACCAUUGUGUUACUAUCUCAAAAAGGAAUGACAUGGUGAUGGAGUAUUCGCAUUGACUGAUGGACUCAAAAGAAGAAAGCUCAGUAGAGCAAGAAGGAGCAAGAGAGAGAGGCCUGGUCUAUAUGUGGCAGGCUGGUUGCUGUUGUCCAGCCCCAGAAAGACUUCUAGGUUGGAGUGGAAAGACAGUAUUGCAAGCAGCGCUUGGAGUCAACCAUGGUGUGCUUCUGUCGGAUGGUGGCGAGGUAUAUAGUUUUGGAAAACUUCGUUGGAGGGUUGAGCUGGAAGAUGCUCAUAUUAAUAGUCCCAUAUUGGAGAAGGCUUUGAGUGGACAGCAUGUUAUUACAGUGGCAGCUGGCAGCUUCCAUAGUGGAGCAGUCACUGAAGGUGGUGCAGUGUACAUGUGGGGGGAAAAUUCUGCUGGCCAGUGUGCACUGGCCAGCCAAGACACUGUGCCGGAACCAAAACUCAUCAACAUUUCUGACUCUGAAGCUAGCCAUCUCUUGCCAAUACGGAUUUUGCAGCUAGCAUGUGGAGAGGAGCAUACCCUGGCACUCUCACUAAGCAGGGAGAUCUGGGCAUGGGGAAGUGGCUGUCAGCUUGGCCUCAUAACCAAUACUUUCCCAGUGACCAAACCACAGAAGGUUGAGUACUUGGCAGGGCGUGUUGUGCUUCAGAUUGCUUGUGGGGCCUCUCACAGCCUAGCUCUUGUACAGUGCCUCCCCACCCAAGACAUAAAACCCAUCCCGGAGAGAUGUAAUCAUUGCAGCCAGCUCCUGAUUACCAUGACUGACAAAGAAGACCACGUUAUUAUCUCUGAUAGCCACUGCUGUCCAUUGGGGGUGGUCCUAGCUGACUCCCAGUUGGAAAGCCAUAUUUCCUGCUCCUCGCUAGAAACUCUCGAAAGGAAGAGCAUAACGAGCAGCCAAGAUGAGGAUUGUCAAAAAACCCUUACAGAAGAACAGACACUUGCCGUUACAAAGGACGAUGCAGCAAGUGUGUUUUCAAACAACGAUGGACGGGAAGACAGUGGUAUUUCUAGUCCAGGAAAUCUCUUGAUAUCUGACAAAAUGACAGUGAAGCAACACUUGGCAAGUUCUCCAGAUUACUCAUUAAAUGAGAGCGGAGAGAAGCAAAUUGAUCCACAACCUGAACAGCAAUCCCAAGAAGAGGAUCUCAUUGCUUGUCUACCCAGUCCACCUGGCCCAGGUACAUCUGCCCUUAACAGCCUGGUAGUCUCUUGUGCAUCCGCAGUUGGAGUAAGAGUGGCUGCUACGUGUGAAGCUGGGGCAUUGUCUCUGAAGAAGGUAAUGAACUUCUACGGCACUGUUCCAGGUGAUACAAUAUCCCCAUCUAGUGCUGGUUCACCAAGCCUGGAUGGGCUGAAGGACAGCCGAGAGGAGCAGGUCAAGCAAGAGUCGAUGCAGGGGAAAAAGAGUUCCAGCUUGGUAGAUAUUCGAGAAGAGGAGUCCGAAGGAGUCUGUCGAAGACUUUCCUUACCUGGUUUGCUGUCCCAAGUUUCUCCAAGGCUCUUGAGGAAAGUAGGACGAGCCAAAAUGAGGACAGUGGCCCUCACACCAACUUACAGUGGUGAAGCUGAUGCACUUCUGCCCUCUCUACGAACUGAGGUGUGGAGUUGGGGGAAAGGAAAAGAAGGGCAACUUGGACAUGGUGAUAUCUUGCCUAGGCUCCAACCACUGUGUGUAAAAAGUCUUGAUGGUAAGGAAGUAAUUCAUUUGUCUGCUGGUGGCCAACAUUCCUUGGCGCUCACGGCCAAAUCACAGGUAUAUUCAUGGGGCAAUAAUACCUUUGGACAGCUUAGUCACUUAAGUUCUCCAACAACAGUCCCUCGUCUUGCAAAGGUUUGCAGUGAUAAAAGUAUCUGGAAUAUAGCAGCAGGUCCAGAUUAUUCACUAUUCCUAGCAGAUGGAGAAGAUUUUCAGCCUUCGUUAUAUUAUAGUGGUCGAGAAGAAAGGGAAGAGAGUGAAGUUUCAUCUGAAAAUAGCUGCUUAAAGAAUCCAACACCAUUGCUAAAUUGUAGUAAGCUAGGGUAUAUUAGCAGCGUGAUAGCAGGCGGGAGUGACUGUUUGGCUUUAGUGGACAAAAACAUUAUGGGAUACAUUGCUAGUCUGCAUGAGUUGGCUUCGAUGGAGAGACAAUUUUACUCCAAACUGAGUGCUAUAAAAUCUCAAGUUCUCAGACCCCUCUUGGGCUUAGAUAACUUAGGUAUUGCAUCAACUGUCCAGUUGUUGCAGGAAAUGGCAAGUACAUUCAGCAAGUUGUGUUACCUGAUUGGUCAGCAUGGAGCCUCUUUGACUAGUUUUCUUCAGGGUUUAAAAGAGGCAAAGAACUUGGCUAUUCUCAAGCAUUCAAGACUCUUUUUGGAAAGUUAUACCGAGUAUUGCAGUUCCUUGACCAAUUUUUUGGUAAUGGGAGGAUUUGCACUUCUAGCCAAACCAGCAGUGGAUUUCUUAAGUAAAAACCAGGCAUUACUUCAGGAUCUGUCGGAGACAAAUGAGGAGGUUUAUCCAUUAGUCGAAAUGUUAAAUGCUCUGUUUUUCCUGCCAGUCAGACGACUUCAUAAUUAUUCUAGAGUUUUGCUAAAGCUUGCCACAUGCUUUGAAGUGACAUCUCCAGAAUACCAGAGCCUUCAAGACUCCAGUUCUUGUUAUGAAACCCUGGCUGUCCAUCUCAGCAGGAAGAGAAAAGAAGCUGAAUACACACUUGGCUUUUGGAAGACCUUUCCUGGGAAAAUGACAGAUUCCUUGAGGAAACCCGAGCGGCGACUGAUCUGCGAAAGCAGCAAUCGGGGACUGUCACUGCAGCAUGCUGGGAGAUUCUCAGUAAACUGGUUCAUCCUCUUUAAUGAUGCCUUGGUCCAUGCUCAGUUCUCAACUCAUCAUAUUUUCUCUUUGGCCACACUGUGGGUAGAACCUGUUUCAGAAGAGUCUGGUAAUAUGAAUGGUUUGAGAGUCACUACCCCUGAAGAACAGUUUAUUCUUAUUUCAUCAACGCCACAGGAAAAGACGAAGUGGUUGAAAUCUAUAAGUCAAGCUGUGGAUCAGGCCUUAAAAGGGACGUCUGACUUGCCUCCUUAUGGGGGCAGUGGAAACAUCCAGAGGCAAGAGCCCCCUAUCUCACGGAGUGCCAAAUACACCUUUUACAAGGACCCUCGGCUUAAGGAUGCCACUUACGAUGGCCGAUGGCUUUCGGGGAAACCACACGGCAGAGGAGUUUUGAAAUGGGCAGAUGGAAGGAUGUAUUCUGGCAUGUUCAGGCAUGGCUUGGAAGAUGGACACGGUGAAUAUAAAGUACCAAACAAAAUAUUGAACAAAAGUGAUCACUAUGCUGGAUAUUGGAAGGAGGGCAAAAUGUGCGGACAAGGUAUCUACAGCUAUGCCAGUGGAGAAGUGUACGAAGGGAGCUUUCAGGAUAACAUGCGUCAUGGCCAUGGUCUCCUGCGCACUGGGAAACUGACGUCUUCCUCUCCCAGUAUGUUCAUUGGCCAGUGGGUGAUGGAUAAGAAGACUGGAUAUGGAGUAUUUGAUGAUAUCACAAGAGGAGAAAAAUACAUGGGAAUGUGGCAAGAUGACCUCUGCCAAGGCAAUGGUGUUGUGGUUACACAGUUUGGACUAUAUUAUGAAGGAGCCUUUAACAACAAAAAAAUGAUGGGGACUGGUGUGUUGCUUUCUGAAGAUGACACCGUGUAUGAAGGAGAGUUUUCAGAUAAUUGGACUCUUAACGGGAAGGGAACCCUGACUUUGCCAAACGGAGACACUAUUGAAGGUACUUUCAAUGGUGAGUGGGGAUCUGGGAUAAAGAUUACUGGAACUUACUUCAAGCCCAGCUUAUACGAUCAUGAGAAGGACCGACCCAAAACGCUGCGGAAGCUUGGAAACCUUGCUGUUGCUGCUGAUGAGAAGUGGAGGGCCGUGUUUGAAGAAUGCUGGCACCAGCUAGGCUGCGAGCAACCAGGCCAAGGGGAUAGGUGGAAAGCUUGGGAUAACAUUGCUGUUGCCCUGACAACCAAUCGACGUCAACAUAAAGACAGUCCAGAACUGUUGAGCAGGUCUCAUGCUCAAACCCUGGAAAGUUUGGAGUUCAUUCCACAACAUGUUGGUGCCUUCACACUGGAAAAAUACGACAACAUUAAGAAAUAUCUCAUAAAGGCUUGUGAUACUCCUCUGCAUCCUUUGGGAAAACUUGUCGAAACCCUAGUAGCUGUAUACCGAAUGACCUAUGUAGGAGUGGGAGCCAAUCGGCGGCUAUUGCAGGAAGCUGUCAGGGAAAUUAAAUCCUACCUCAAACGCAUCUUCCAGUUAGUCAGGUUCUUGUUUCCUGAUCUUCCUGAGGAGGGCAGUACAAUUCCACUUUUGGUGACUGUGACUAAGGGAAGGAGAUCCUUCUGUAGCGGGAAAAAUGACUCCAGACCUGAAUCUCCAGAGCCAGGCUAUGUGGUCACAAGCUCCGGAUUGCUGCUUCCUGUCUUGCUACCCCGACUCUACCCUCCCUUGUUUAUGCUCUAUGCCUUGGACAACGAGCGAGAGGAAGAUGUGUACUGGGAGUGUGUUUUGCGUCUGAACAAACAGCCAGACACGGCACUGUUGAGCUUUUUGGGAGUGCAAACGAAAUUUUGGCCAACGACUGCAUCUUUCCUUGGGGAAAAUAAAAAGGUAUUGCCAAAUACAAAGGAUGCCUGUUUUGCUUCAGCAGUGGAAUGUUUACAACAGAUCAGUACAACUUUUACACCUGCUGACAAACUGAAGGUGAUCCAGCAGACCUUUGAGGAGAUCUCGCAGAAUGUACUCGAGAAUCUUCAUGAAGAUUUCCUUUGGUCCAUGGAUGAUUUAUUUCCUGUUUUUCUGUAUGUGGUGCUACGAGCCAGGAUAAGGAAUUUGGGGUCUGAAGUGCACUUGAUUGAGGACCUCAUGGAUCCCUAUCUCCAGCAUGGGGAACAAGGCAUUAUGUUCACCACUCUGAAGGCAUGUUAUUACCAGAUUCAACAUGAAAAGCUUACCUAAAUCUUUCUCCUAAACAUGGAAGACUCUUUUGAACGGAGGUUUUAUCCUUUUUUUCGGAAAUCACUUAAAAUGGAGAAAUAAAUCAUCAUGCUGUGGCUGUCAAUCCUAGACCUUCUUCAAGGACAUAAAAAGCAAAGCCUUAAGAUCGAUCAACGGAAAAGAGAAAAUACAGAGGAAGCAAAAGAUACUUUGCAUAGCAGCUGGGAAGGAAAAAUUAUGUGUCGUAUGUCAUCUACAUGGAAUCCAUAUAAAAGCAUAGUCCAGGGAUGUACUGUACUGUCCAUUUUGUGCUUUUGAAGGAUUGAAAUGCACUAUAAAACCACUCAGUGUCUUUCUAAAUUAAACUGCCUACGUUUGUGCAUCUCUAAGAAAAUAGUUGACAUGAGUCGUGUGCUGCAUUUCUUGCUCUAAAUGUCUGUGGAAUCCCUUUCUGUAAGUCAGGUUACUGCUAGGAGCUACAAGUGCUUCUGUGGAAACCAUCCAAAUCCAGUGGCCUGUCUAAUUCCAGAGUGGUAAGAAUAUGCGAGCUGAUGCUUUUAAAAAAAUUCUUUGCUGGCCAUUUAACAUUAAGGAGCACUGGUCAUAUUGAAUGUCGGCACUGAAUUUGGAGUUUAUUAUGUUUACAGAACUCGUGGUAUUCAUACUUCUGAGCCUUGGCAAUCCCAGGACUCAAGGUGAACAAAAUAUCCAAGUUUUAAAUGAAACAGUUCCUUUGUGUGAACCCCAGGUGGUCUCAAUAAACAUAUGCUCAGUCAAGAUUAAGAUAUCUGUUUAACAUGCGCUGACUUCAGCCCCUAUCUUCUGCUAUGCCUAUUUGGUGAAAGAAACACCCUUUUUAAUGCUAUUUUUGUUGAAGCACUGUUUAAAAAAAAAACCCCACACAGAAUGUUUAUGUCAUUGUUCUUGUGACUUUUCCCUUGGUCUAUAUGGAUAAUGGUAGCUGACAUCUUGGAUAAAACAGGUGCUGUUCUUUAUUAUGUCUGUCACAUAUAAGUGGGAGAUGUGGAAAAUAUUCUUCUGGCUAAAAUUAACUUCAGUUAGUAUAGCCGAUGCAAAUAACUUCUGGACAUCUGAAUCAUGGCUUGUGUGUAGCUCCUUUAUUUAAAAAAUAUGGUGGGAGCUGUGACUGUAAAUGGAGCAGUUUUCAUAAUAAACAAUAUUGCUAAUUC